UCAAAUCCCAAGGGGUGAGACUUGAGAGUUGAGUUGAGUUGAGCAAGCUGGAAAGGAGUAAAGCCACUCUGGCUAGCUCACUCUUUCUCUAUCAAACCCUGUCCUUCCUGUGACUCCUCCUUUCCCUGCCACCACCACUGCACCAUUUCUUCCCAAUUCCAACACCAAUCAAUCUCCAUUUGCAUUGCCACACAGAAACGAAGAAGGAGUAGAAAGCGCGGUGCCAACCACCACCCCUUUCUUCCUCUCCUCCGUUUCCAUGGUGGUCGCCACCAAUUCGCUUCCACCAUCAAUUCCAUUAUUCCCAUAAAAACCCAACCCAACCCAACCCUAACCCUUACCCUCUUCCAAUUCAAUUUCCAUUUCUUCGAAAUGCUCUGGCUCAUGAGAUUCUCCGGCUUCUUCUCCGCCGCAAUGCUCCUCAUCCUCCUCUCCCCUUCCCUCCAAUCCUUCCACCCCGCAGAAGCCAUCCGCUCCUCCCACCUCGACGGCUACCUCCGCCUCCCCGUCCAGAUGCCGCCAUCCAACACCGACGACCGGUUUUUCUUCCGCCAGGCCAACUCCUUCCGCAAUGCCGACGAAUGCGGCGGCUCAAACCGGAUGACAAUCUCCGGCGUCUGCGACCCUUCCUUGGUGCACGUCGCGAUAACGCUCGACGUCGACUACCUCCGCGGCUCAAUCGCCGCCGUCCACUCCAUUCUCCAGCAUUCCCAGUGCCCGGAGAAUAUCUUCUUCCACUUCAUCGUCUCCGAGACGAAUCUCGAGUCUCUGGUGAAAUCCACCUUCCCGGAGCUGAAAUUCAAGGUGUAUUACUUCAAUCCAGACACUGUUCGGAGCCUGAUCUCAACCUCCGUGAGGCAAGCGUUGGAGCAGCCGCUGAACUACGCCAGAAACUACCUCGCCGAUCUUCUCGAAAGCUGCGUCGGGAGGGUGAUUUACCUCGAUUCCGAUCUGGUGGUGGUGGACGACAUUUCCAAGCUGUGGUCCACGAGCUUGGGCUCGAAGACCAUCGGAGCUCCGGAGUAUUGUCACGCGAAUUUCACCAAGUACUUCACGGCGGCGUUCUGGUCCGACCGGUCGUUGUCGGCGACGUUCACCGGGAGGAAACCGUGCUACUUUAACACCGGCGUGAUGGUGAUAGAUCUGGUGCGGUGGAGGAAGAAGGGGUACUCUAAGCGGAUUGAGAAAUGGAUGGAGAUUCAGAAGAGUGAUCGGAUCUACGAGCUGGGUUCGUUGCCGCCGUUUCUUCUGGUCUUCGCCGGACACGUGGCGCCGAUUGAGCACCGGUGGAACCAGCAUGGUUUGGGCGGUGAUAAUGUGAGGGGUAGCUGCAGGGACCUCCAUGCCGGUCCGGUGAGCCUCCUGCAUUGGUCCGGUAGCGGCAAGCCGUGGCUCCGGUUGGACUCGAAGCGGCCGUGCCCUCUCGACGCGCUGUGGGCGCCAUAUGACUUGUACGGACAUACCCAUUGAUCUAUAAGACUCUCUUUCUCUUCUUCUCUCGUUCUCUCUGAAUUUUUUUGUUCUCUGUUUCAUUAUUUGUUCUCUCUUCUCUUCUAUGAACACAGUAUCAUAUCAGAUAUGUAGUCAAUUUUCAAUUAGUUGUGUAUUAUCUUCUUCUUCUUCUUCUUCUAUAGACCUCGUUUCACAGGGCAUUCUUUCCUCUGUAUUCUAUUAUGAUUAUUCCAUCUUCACCAUUCUGUGGUUCUUGCUCUGAAAAUAAAUAAAAUGCAAUGAAAUAAAAGGAACAGAAACUUAUAAUUU